AGUUUUCACAUGACUUUUACAUCCUUUUGGCAGCUAUUGUUCAUAAUGACAUCAUUAUAUGUGAAGUGGAUAAGCAUAUAUAUACGAGGGGGAGUCGUACGGAGUACUUUAUAACAUGUAUGUUAGAGGUACGAGUGACAACCAGCCUACUUCAGCGAGUUAACGAGCGAUAUCAGCUAAAGUAAGUAACUGCUUAACAAUGGAUGUUUCAACACAGGAUGUGGUGUCGACAUCAUUUGAGAAGUUCGUGGACCAAACUAUGACGUCAAUGAUCGGUCUGACCAAUCAAACCACUCUUUCCUCCUACAUUAUUGAGAAUUCAUCUGAAAUUAACCUAUUCCUUUUGAAUUCACAAAUGGCACGGAAAUUGCUGCCUGUCACCAUCUUUGUUUACAUUUUAAUGUUUUUUGGCCUUAUUGGAAAUUCUGUCGUAGUGUAUGUGUAUCUAUUUCGAUGGAAAUCAACGACAAUUAAGUAUUUCAUUGGUUACCUAGCAACACUUGACCUCGUCACUUCCGGUUUGUGCAUGCCGCUGGAGAUUGUUUUGUACACCAAUCCAGUCACGGCAAACAGUAGCGCCCUCUGUCGCGUUCUACGUUUCUCACGUGCCGUGACGUCCAUCGCUGAAGCUUUUUUGCUUGUUGUGAUAGCAGUUGAUAGGUAUUUACGUGUGUGUAAGUACACACAGACACAGAUUUCCGUCAAAAAGGCAAAACAACUAUGUAUUUUGUCUUUCACUUUUUCUCUGUGUCUUUCCUGGCCGUCACUGUUUGUAUUUGGAAGCUAUGACCGUGGAACUUAUCCGGUUCUUCAAACGUCUUGUUCGACAGUUCAGCACCUACGGGGAACAGUAUAUCCGCUACUAUACUAUGCUAUGUUAUUUCUUGUGUUUAUCAUAGUGUCCGUGUGUUUGUUCGUGUUUUAUAUUCUAGUCGGCAUCAAACUCUGCCGUCUUUCAUCAAAACAGAAAUUGUCCAUCUCUAAAGGAACGUCCGAGAAAUUUAAACCAACCAAGUCCGGUUAUUUCCCCCCCGACAUGCUGAAAGAUGAUUCUCGCUCAGGCACUCUGAAGAAAAAUGAAGGUCGAAGAACAAUAGAUCGGAACAACCGAAAUGCAGCAAAAAGAAAAUCAUCAUUUGUGGAUUUAUCCCAAGUUUCCAUUAAUUUGAAGUCUGUGCGAAGAAGAUCAACGCGAAUGAUGAGAAAACAGAAAACCUCAUUAACUUUAUUUUUGAUUACAGCUCUCGAAUUUAUAAGUUUUCUACCCUAUAUUGUUAUAAUGAUUUAUAAGGCCGUUGAACCACAUUUUCUAGAAACUUUAUCAGAAUCUCAACAAAUCUUGUACAACAUUGGUUUGUUGUCCUAUUUUCUCGCAACUGCAUUUAAUCCAUUUAUUUACGGAUUUUUCAGCAGAAAUUUCAGACGAAAAUGUGUGGAAAUCUUGAGAUCCGUCAAAAAUGGCAGGAACGAUAACAACACUUAUAGUUCCGGUACUGACAAGAAGGUAUCUACGUCUAAAUAAGGGCAGCUGACCGCUGACCAAUGGUCAGUUUAUGCACCGUUUUACUGGUAUCAACAUUGGUAUACAAUUAUCAUAAGGAUAAUGAUGUGAUAAAAUAUUUCUGUAAUUAAUUGUGAAAAUUACCUGUUUAUUCUUGCCUUUUACCAAGGCGGUCGGGGUUCGAUUCCCCGAUCGGACGUGAAAAGUUAAUGGGUCACAUACCCGACCACGGGGGUUUUCUCCGGGUUCUCCGGUUUUCUCCCACAAUAAGACCUCCUACGCGCUAACAUCCGGGCCAACAAGAGUGA